AUGGCGCGGACUGUACACGGCCUAUCCUCAGACGCCCACCGUCCUCCGUCAGCGCAGGAGCUCGCCUCGCUCGUUGCCAGCGCAGUACAGCAUUCCCCUCCCCCGGACGCCUCGCCGACCCCGCCACUCGACCCCCAGGACCAGAACGCGUCCAUUCAGUCCAUACUCGCCGCAGCUCGCGACUUGCCCCAAGCUUCAAGCACUCCCCCGCCCUGGCCUGUGCAGCAGUUUGUCAUGCCUCCUUCGACCACUGCCGGACCAUCCGCGUCGACGCGAUCGGCAAACACCUCUGGUAAACGAAAGCUCGAUGACGCUGAUGCUGAGGAUCCUCACCCAAAGAUUCGACGCGUCGUGCGCGAGCAUGUCGUUCAGCCGAACGCCCCCAUGACGACCAUUGUCUGUCUGCAUGCCGCAGUCGCCCAAAAGUCGUACGGUAGCGAGAAGCGCUUCCUCUGUCCUCCUCCCGUCGUCCAUGUAGAGGGCCCGGGCUGGAACAUGCGCCAGCAAAAGUUGUCCAUGAGCGUUGUGUCUGAGACGGGCGAGCGUUCGUUCGGGCAGAACUCCACACUCGACGCCCAGAUGUCCGCCAGCUUCAAGUUCCUUCAUGUCACUGGCACUGCAAAGGCAAAGAGCUUCCUGCUCUCGCUCGAUAUCGCCGAGCCGCCUGCUCUCCCCUCUUCGACGCACUCCGACGAUCCCCCGCAUGCGGUCGGUCGCAUCUGGGCCUCCUUCGAUUCCGCGCCGGUCACGAUCAUUUCCAAACCGAGCAAGAAGACAGCAAAGACGCGCAACAUUUCUUCCUGCAUCCUUGCGGGCGGUCCAGUCAGUUUGUUCAACCGCAUCAACUCGCAGACCGUGCGGACAAAGUACAUGACCAUCGACAACAAUCAGCUCUGCGCCAGCAAUGUUUCUUGGUCGGCCUUUAGCGUCAACGUCAUGCGGCGCUCGCAAGAAGUGCCCAACGUCAACCCGCAACCCGUGACAUACGGCUCAGAAGUCGUCCUUACCGAUACGCUGUCCGGUAUCUCGACAGCGCCGCUUGUCAUCCGCAAGGUUGACAAGGGUCGCAUUGCUUCGGACGAUGGUGGUCCGGUAAGCCAGAUGCAGAAGAUCGCCUUGCAGCGUGUGAAUGCCGACGGCUCGCGCCACUACCUUUCUGCGGCCGGCCCUAUGCCCGGUGGCGGCGCUCCCACGACACCCCAGCCGCCGCCCGGACAGGCCGGGACGCAUCCGCUCAUCUUCCAGUCCCCUCGUGUCCGAGAUGAAGUCAAAGAUGGCGUGCGGACUGUGACGGAUGAAGUCGACGACUAUCUCUGUUGGACCAUCGUCGGAAUCUCAAAGUUCCAGUACACGUUCUUCGAUGCGUUUGGACCCAGCAACAAUGUUCCAGACAUGUCUAUCACACCGUUUCCAACGCUGUUCACGUCUCCGGUCUAUCGGCCGCAAACAAACGCGCUGGAAUUGACGGUGUCAAACUUCUUUUACGAUGACCCGACAACGCAACAGAGGCUGCCGCUCGACAUCUACCUCGGCGGGAUCGGCCCUCUGCGGGCGCGGGUGUACGAGGCUGCGCCACCUGGACCGUUGACAUCCAUCUCGCCAUUCGUACCGUCUGAAAGCGGGAACGAAGCCGGUGUGGUGUCAAAUCGCUUCCUGCACUCGCCGCUGCACACGAUCGUGGUUGUUGAGCUGCCGACGUUGACGGAGGUGGUCGCUGCGCUCGCCGAGUCACCCGCGGCGGAGGGCGCUGCAGAUGGCACCACGAAAGAGAGUGAAACGCCAGCGCCGGCGCCUCCAGUAAAUGGCAACCCGCAACCAAGCGACGUGGCCGGCCGCACGCUUCCGUUGCUCUUCAUCCGUUCUAGCGACGGCGUCGGAUACCAUUCUGGCCGCACGAUUACCGUCGAGAACGUCUUCCAGGGCUUGGACCUAAUGGCGGGCGCGCCUCAAAACGGAAGCAGCGAGUGGCUUACGGCCGCCGCGGCGCAAGCGCAUGUGGAGGGUGGGAACUACGCCUGGUCGUUGCGUGUGCUGUAG